GUAUUACAUUUAGUUGCUCAGCCUGCAUCUCAUCACACUCCGUCUGCUACUUUCUCUCUGUUUCAGUUAUCUUUUAAUACAGUACUAACUUGGAUUGCCCGCAUCAAGUGCUUACAAUGUGCAGCUGCAAAUGCAUGUUCAUUUUCUUCAAUGCACUCUUCUUGGCAUCUGGGGUUGCCCUAAUCACCAUCGGAGCACUGCAGUAUACGACUUACUUACAGAUGGGCACUUUUGCAGGGAGCGGCCUGUCUAAAAUCGCUAUAGUCCUCAUUGCAGUCGGUGUCACCAUAGCCCUCAUCUCCCUCUUGGGCCAUGCUGGGGCUUUCUUUGAUAAUUCUUCUAUGGUGGCUUGUUUCAUCUGUAUCCUGAUAGUGAUCAUCAUAUUGCAGAUACUCACUGGGGCCGCCUUUUACAUAUUCCGCAGCAGGACUGCCCUCCUGCAGAUGAACAGCGCUAUCAACACCAAAGCACGAUUGGUAAUCUAUGAAUACAGCCCGGAGAACAGACACGCCAUCAACAGAAUUCAGGAAAAGUUUCGCUGCUGUGGUGCAGACAGCGGCACUGACUGGUCUAGGAGUGUGGGCUGGGAAAACCACGAUGCUGUGCCAGAUUCCUGCUGCGUGGUGAAGAGCGAGGGUUGUGGACAGAACCAGGAGAAAAUACACACAAAGGGUUGUGUUUGGGCUAUCAAACUCUUUCUGUUGAAAAACCUGGUGUGGGUCGGGGCUGUCUGCAUCGCUCUUGGAGUCACGGAGGUUUUCGGAGUGAUAGUCGGGGUGUGCUUCUGUGUGAAAAUAAAAAACUAUGAAAACCUCCACUGAUGUGUCAUCGUGCCCUAGCACAGCCAACUUCCCACAUCACUGACUGUUAUUCUUUUGUUCAGAUUUGAUCUAUUUUAUUAGAUUUUCCAGUUUAUUCUUGCUAGACUGUGCUUUGAUAUGACCAAAACAUAAAGUUUAAACAUGUGGUUAUCAUUGAUAUGUUUGAAAUCAACUGAAAGGUUCCUGAUUGUUUCAAUAAGUUAUCUGACUAAUUGAAUUGAUUCUGUUACAGUUUAUGACAUUGAAAACACCUGUUAUUAUAAUCUUUAAAUUUAAAACUUAAGUUCAAAUUUCAUGCAUACUAUGAAUAUUUUCAAUAAAUGUGUGCUACAUUCUGA